UCAUUAGUAUGAACUUGAUCGGCUUAUAGCUGAAGGGUCCUCUCUAUUUCUUUCCUUUUUUGCCUGCCUUUUUUGGAAUAUUCCUCUUUGCAGAUUGCUACUAUCACAAUUGAUGGCUGAUCGAGUGCUUGUGGUUGGCAGUGGAGGCAGAGAACAUGUUCUGGCUUGGAAAUUGGCACAGUCUCCACACCUGAAACAAGUCCUGGUUGCUCCAGGAAAUGCUGGAACAGCCAAUGAUGGGAAAAUUUCUAAUUCAGUAAUCUCAAUCAGUGAUCAUGCUGCCCUUUCCACAUACUGCAAAGACCAGAAGAUUGACCUUGUGGUGGUUGGUCCAGAAGUCCCCCUUGCUGCUGGAAUUGUUGAUGACUUGGCAGCUGCUGGUGUGAGAUGCUUUGGUCCUACAGCAAAGGCAGCUCAGCUCGAGUCAAGUAAGAGUUUUUCCAAAGCCUUUCUAGAUCGUCAUGGCAUCCCUACUGCACAAUGGAAAGCUUUCACUAAUGAGGAAGAAGCUUGCACUUUUAUUACUAGUGCAUCAUUCCCUGCCCUAGUUGUAAAAGCGAGUGGUCUGGCUGCUGGAAAAGGAGUGAUUGUGGCUGCUAACAAAGAAGAGGCCUGCCAAGCUGUGCAUGAAAUAAUGCGAGAUAAAACUUUUGGAGCAGCUGGAGAAACUAUCGUGGUUGAGGAACUUCUUGAAGGAGAAGAAGUUUCUUGCUUGUGCUUCACAGAUGGCGUCACUGUUGCUCCCAUGCCUCCUGCCCAGGAUCACAAACGGUUAAUGGAUGGUGAUCAAGGACCAAACACUGGUGGAAUGGGUGCAUACUCCCCGGCCCCUCAGCUGUCUGAAGAUCUGCUUCUGAAAAUCAGAAAUUCUGUUCUCCAGAAAACAAUUGAUGGUAUGAGAAAAGAAGGUAUCCCAUACACAGGUGUGCUUUAUGCGGGGUUAAUGCUAACAAAAGAUGGACCUAAAGUUUUGGAGUUCAACUGUAGAUUUGGUGACCCUGAAUGCCAGGUAAUUCUCCCACUUCUUAAAAGUGACCUUUAUGAGGUUAUGCAAGCAACCAUUGAUAAGAAGUUAUCCAACUGCAUGCCUGUUUGGUGUGAAGAUCGUGCAGCUGUUACUGUGGUCAUGGCUAGUGAAGGCUAUCCAGGAAUUUAUGCCAAGGGUUUGGAAAUAAUAGGACUUUCUCGAGCUAAAGAACAAGGCUUGGAGGUAUUCCAUGCUGGCACAACCCUAAAAGAUGGCAAGGUGGUGACCAGUGGUGGAAGAGUCCUCACUGUGACAGCUAUCAAGAAAGACCUUAUAUCGGCACUGGAACAUGCCAACAAAGGAGUUGAAAUCAUUCGUUUCAAAGGGGCCAUUUAUAGAAAGGACAUUGGUUAUCGGGCUGUUGCUUUCCUUAAACAAUCCAGAGGCCUAACAUAUAAAGACAGUGGUGUAGAUAUUGCAGCUGGUAACACCUUGGUUCAGAAAAUUAAACCUUUAGCAGCAGCCACAUCUAGAUCAGGCUGUAAUGCUGAACUUGGAGGCUUUGCUGGCCUGUUUGACCUAAAGGAAGCUGGAUAUAAAGAUCCAAUUUUGGUGUCUGGUACUGAUGGUGUUGGAACAAAGCUCAAGAUUGCCCAGUUGUAUAAUAAGCAUAACACAAUCGGUCAAGACUUGGUCGCCAUGUGUGUCAACGACAUCCUAGCUCAAGGAGCCGAGCCUCUCUUUUUCCUUGACUAUUUUGCCUGUGGGAAACUUGAUGUCAGGAUGGCUCAGACAAUCAUAGCUGGAAUAGCAGAAGCUUGUAAACUAGCAGGCUGUGCUCUCCUUGGUGGAGAGACUGCUGAAAUGCCUGGCAUGUAUCCACCUGGAGAAUAUGACCUCGGGGGAUUUGCUGUGGGUGCUGUAGAACGGGGACAGAUGCUCCCCCAGCUUGACAAGAUCACUGAUGGAGACGUAAUUCUUGGAAUUGCUUCCUCUGGUGUUCACAGCAAUGGGUUUAGCCUUGUGAGAAAGAUUGUUGAAAAAUCCUCUUUAGAUUUUUCCUCUCCUUCAGUGGGUGACUGUCCUGAACAAACCCUGGGAGAACAGUUACUCACACCUACUAAAAUCUACAGCAAGAUUCUUUUGCCAGUCCUUCAUUCAGGUAAUGUGAAAGCAUAUGCCCAUAUUACUGGAGGAGGGCUGCUUGAAAACAUUCCACGUGUCCUGCCAGCAUCAAUUGGUGUAGUACUAGAUGCCUUGCAUUGGAAGAUACCCAGCAUCUUUUCCUGGCUUCAGAGGGAGGGAAAACUAUCAGAGGAGGAAAUGACACGAACAUUUAAUUGUGGGAUUGGUGCAGUCCUCGUUGUACAGAAGGAGGUGGCUGGGAAAGUCCUAAGUGACAUUCGGAGGCAUGAGGAGGCAUGGUUGAUUGGGAAAGUUGUGCGGCAUCAAGCAGGUUCUGCUCAGGUUAAAGUCAAUAACUUGCUCCAAGCCUUACAAGCAAAUAGAUUACAGUCCUUGCACAGCAAGCAAAUAAAAAUGGAGCCAAGCAAAACAAGAGUUGGCAUCCUCAUCUCUGGAACAGGUACUAAUAUGGAAGCUCUGAUUGCCAGUGCAAAGAAGCCAAACAGCUCUGCAGAAAUAGUGCUUGUCAUUUCUAAUAAAGCUGAUGCAGAAGGGCUUAAAAAAGCGGAAAGAGAUGGAAUUCCCACAAAAGUAAUUAACCACAAGGACUACAGCAAUCGUAUAGAAUUUGACAAUGCCGUUGAUCAAGUCCUGGAUGAGUUUUCAAUAGAACUGAUUUGUCUUGCAGGAUUUAUGCGCAUCUUAUCUGGUCCUUUUGUUAGAAAGUGGGCUGGAAAAAUUUUGAAUAUUCACCCUUCUUUGCUGCCUUCAUUUAAAGGAGCUAAUGCCCAUAAACUGGUACUGGAGGCUGGAGUCCGUGUCACUGGCUGCACUGUGCACUUUGUUGCUGAAGAAGUUGAUGCUGGAGCAAUAAUAUUUCAAGAAGCUGUUCCAGUAAAGAUUGGAGACACAGAGAAGACUUUGUCAGAAAGAGUGAAGGAGGCAGAACACAAAGCCUUCCCUACUGCUAUGCAGUUAGUGGCAAGUGGAGCAGUACAAUUAGGAAGAGAUGGGAAGCUGUGCUGGAAUUUGGAAAAGCAUAACUAAAACAUAGAGGGGAUAAAAACAGCAACAAUUCUGAUACAUAUUUUGGUUUCUGAGUUUAGCAUAGGGUGGCAGGAUUUACAAUCUUAACCAAGCGACUCAAGCCAAUAGGUCACAAAAAUAAAAGGAAUGAACCUGCUGUCUCUUAUACUCAAAACAGAACUGUAUGGAGAUAAGUCUAAGUGACAAGCCAUUUGUGUGAUCAGUUUAUCCAUAGUAGAACAGGUUGUUACCUGAAAACUAUGUAGAGAGCCACUUAGCCCAAAUAGUUUGCCAUUUUACCUGUUACCUAUCACAGAAUUCUGUUUCAAGGGGUCAGACCCUAUGUUUAAAUCAGGCCUAAGAAAGGCACCACAAAAAGAAUAGGUCAUAACCACAUGUAUGAAUUAAGCAUUUUAAAAGUACCAAUAAUAGUUUUUCCUGCUAAGUAUUAAGGUAAUCCAGAAUCAAGUUCCUUCAUUCUCUUUUCCAUUGUAGUGAUAACAAAAGUUCUUGUGUUUUGUAAUCCUGUAUUAAAUACUCUGAACAUAGCAAUAUUGUUGAACAAAGCAGUAUCAUUCAAUACCAGGGCUAUACAUACAGUUGUAAUCAAAAUUAUUCAACCCCCAUUGCAAAUCAGGUUGAUUGUCAAAAUGUACAGACUUUCAGCUGUUUGCAAUGAACAGAUCAAACAAAAGCAAUUGAAAUAGCUCAACAGAACAAACGUUUCAAGUGGUGUCCCCAGAGUCAACUGAAAAUGCAACUUAUCAUGACUUCUCCAGCCUCAAACCCUUAUUCAAACCCUUCAUGGCAAGCAUCUUCAGUACUUAGUAGAGCACCCUUUUGCUGUUAUGACCUGCUGCAAAUGAUAGCCAGACACCAGCUUCUGGCAGUGUUCCUGAGGAAUUGUAGCCCAUUCCUCAUGAGCAAUGGCCUCCAGUUCAGUAAUAUUCUUGGGCUUGUGUGUUGCAACCGCCUUCGUGAAAUCCCACCAGAGACUUUCUAUGGGGUUCAAGUCAGGUAACUGUGAUGGCCACUGUAGAAUCUUCCAGGACUUCUUCUGCAUCCAAGCCUUAGUGGAAUUUGAGGUACGCUUGGGAUCAUUGUCCUGCUGGAAGGUCCAGUGACACUCAAGCUUCAGCUUCCUUACAGAUGGCAUGACGUUUUCUCCUAGGAUUUCCUGAUACUUCAGUGAAUCCAUCUUGUCAUCCACAUGCUGCAGGUUUCCAGUGCCAGAGGAUGCAAAGCAGCCCAAGAGCAUCACCGAGCCACCACCUUGCUUAACUGUAGGCAGAGUGUUCUUUUCAGCAUACUAAACACAGAAGGUUUCUAUGCUAGAGCUUCAAGACGUACACCACUACUGACCCAAAAGCACAAGAAAAGGCUCCAAUAUGCUCAAAAUCAUAUAAAUAAGCCACAGAAGUUUUGGGAUUCUGUUCUGUGGAGUGAUGAAACAAAACUGGAACUUUUUGGCCUGAUGGAUCAGCGGUAUGUCUGGAGGAAGAAGAAUGAAGCAUACGCUGAAAAGAACACUCUGCCUACAGUUAAGCAUGGUGGUGGCUUGGUGAUGCUCUGGGGCUGCUUUGCAUCCUCUGUACUGAGGACACUCUGUACUGAAGAUACUUGCCAUGAAAGGGGUUGAAUAAUUUUGAGACUGGAGAAGUCAUUAUAAGUUGCAUUUUCAGUUGAAUUUGGGGACACCACUUGAAACAUUUGUUCUGUUGAGCUAUUUCAAUUGCUUUUGUUUGAUUUGUUCAUUGCAAACAGCUGAAAGUCUGUACAUUUUGACAACCUGAUUUGCAAUGGGGGUUGAAUAAUUUCUAUUACAACUGUAACUGAUCUCCUAUGUGAGACAAAUCCUUUCACCCACUUUUCUAGAUAAAUUGUACUGUGAAACAUUCAAGUGGUAUAUUUUUUUCAUUAUGGAAUCAUGCAACAACCUUUUUUCAGGAUAUUUUUAUCUUAGCAGUUAACAUUAUGGAGAUAAACAGAAAUUCAUUUAAUUCCUGUUUGAAAGUAAAAAUGGAAUUAUGGGCCUAAAUAUUAUGUACUUCUUCAAAAAGCAUUUUAUUACUGUCUUUUAAAGGGAAUAAAUAUGUAGUUCCACUGAACUAUAUUUUUGUUACUAACAUAAAUGAUUGGAAGCCAGACUAUAGCUCAGUUACUGCGACAUUCCUUUUAACUCUGUUUUUAUAUCCAAAGUUUCUGUGAUCUGAAAUCCUAUUAAAAUAAAAUGUUUCAAAAUUCA